AAAUCCAGUGUGGGUUUAUGAAGUAUAUAUUUUAAUAACCAGUCCUGAAUCUGGCGGGAAAUCUGUAGGGUGAAUGUUUUGUUCCAAACCGGAAAUCGACAUUAAUCUUGUAUUUUUUUCAAUAGUUCUGUUUUGCAUGCUUCAUAAUCGCUGCAGAUUUGUAUUUUAUAUCGAUUUGUUACUCACAUAAGGCUGUCAUUUGUUCAGUCUAGUGUUAAUGCAUUAUAUGGACUUGUUUGGCGCGUUUAUUCGUGGCGUUUGCACUCGUACAUAAAAAUACAAAUCAUUAUUUGUGCUAAAAACGUGAAACAUAAACGCGUUAUAUUAAAUUCAAUCGCAAAAUCGCGCCUUUUUUUAGAAUCGUAAACAAAAAGCCGCAUAUUUGUACAGAACACAGGCAUCUCCCCCCUCCAAAAAAAGCUUUUGAAAUAUCCCGCGGUUUGCUGAUGACGCUGAAGCGCCUGAUUGGCUGUCGACUGUGAAGGAAUUAAAGAGCCGGCACGAGCCUCGAUCUGAUUGGCUGGAACGGAUCGAGCGCCAAGAACGAAAUAAAAAGGAGCAGCUCGCGCACAUUCAGUUACUCUUUUUCCCUCCAGCUUUCACCUUCUCGUCUCUUCUUUCUCUCGCUUUUUUAAAAUUUAUUUUAACCGCUUUCCCUGUUUCCGUUUGGUUUUAAUUCGUCUUUCCUCGUUUUUAUUUGCUUUAAACCGUAACCAUGUCGUACACGCGUUCACCUCUGAAAAGCAAGAAUGAAAACGUUUCCACUAAGAUGGGAAACCUGUCUAUGGGAGACAAAGAGAACACGCCGCCAAGUUUGAGCUCGACCCGAGUUUUGGCCUCCAAAGCGGCGCGUAAAAUCUUCGAGGACCCCGAGCAGAAGCCUAAAGCCAGCAAUCGCAGUGUAGAGGAAGAGCCUCUGCUGAAAGAAAAUCCAAAUCGCUUUGUCAUGUUCCCCAUUCAGUACCAUGACAUCUGGCAGAUGUACAAGAAGGCUGAGGCCUCUUUUUGGACGGCUGAAGAGGUUGACCUCUCCAAAGAUCUCCAGCACUGGGAGUCCCUAAAAGACGAUGAACGAUAUUUUAUUUCUCAUGUGUUGGCAUUCUUUGCUGCUAGUGAUGGCAUUGUCAAUGAAAAUCUUGUGGAGCGCUUCACUCAGGAGGUCCAAGUGACGGAGGCACGCUGUUUUUAUGGUUUUCAAAUUGCCAUGGAGAACAUUCACUCGGAGAUGUACAGCCUGCUCAUCGACACAUACAUCAAGGAUCCAAAAGAGAGGGAGUAUCUCUUCAAUGCUAUCGAGACUCUUCCUUGUGUGAAGAAGAAGGCUGACUGGGCUAUCAACUGGAUUGGCAACAAAGAUGCACAGUAUGGUGAGCGGGUGGUGGCUUUUGCUGCUGUAGAAGGAAUCUUUUUCUCUGGUUCGUUUGCUGCUAUUUUCUGGCUGAAGAAGAGGGGUCUCAUGCCAGGUCUUACCUUCUCCAAUGAACUCAUCAGCAGAGAUGAGGGUCUUCACUGUGACUUUGCCUGUUUAAUGUUCAAGCACUUGGUGAACAAGCCUUCAGAAGCAACAGUCAAGAAAAUUAUCCAAAAUGCAGUUCAGAUUGAGCAGGAGUUCCUUACCCAGGCUCUGCCAGUUAAACUGAUUGGCAUGAACUGUGACCUAAUGAAACAGUAUAUUGAAUUUGUGGCUGACAGGCUGAUGUUGGAGCUGGGCUUCAGCAAGAUUUAUAAAGUAGAGAACCCUUUUGACUUCAUGGAGAACAUUUCCUUGGAGGGAAAGACAAACUUCUUUGAGAAGCGAGUGGGAGAGUACCAGCGUAUGGGAGUUAUGUCUGGGCCCACAGACAACACCUUCCGGCUUGACGCAGACUUUUAAACUGAGUAAAUGGACAUUUUCUAAACAUUAACACUUGAAGAGGCAAUGCUCCCUUGAGUGCCUCCGUUUUUCGCUCCCAACAUGAUCACUCAGCAAGAAUGUAAAUUUGUGCAAAAAUGUUUAUGGCUGGUUUUAUGUUGUACCUAAAUGCAUUUAAGAAUUUAUUUUUAACUUUAUGUAUGUGGUUUACAGAGCUUGAGCAUUUGGGAAGGGUUUGCUCUGAUGUACAAAACUGCUUUGCAUUUCCCUAAAACCCAGUCCUUUUCCCUUACCUAACUGCUUUUCUCUGGUGUUUAGUGUAAAUAAAUAUCAAAUGUUUUGGAAAA